AUGUUAGGGCAAGUAGAAUCGUAUAUGCCUGGUGAUGAUUUUUGUAAAUACACGGAACGUUUAGAACAAUAUUUUGUUUUAAAUGAGAUUAAAAAUGUUAAAAAAGUGGCGUUUUUAUUAACGUUUGUCGGUCAAGAAACUUUGCGGCUUUUUAAAUCUGUUCUUCCUCCAUUGGAUUCAGAAGAUUCUGAAACUGAAGAUGAGACUGAAUUAUCAUUAAAAAUGAAAUUAAAUACCUCCACCGUGACUGUUUUAAACUAUUCUGAUAGCAGUACACACUCUUCAAGUCCUCCAAGUGGUGCUUCUGAACUAGAGAACUAUCUCAACGAUAUCGAUGAUUUUCCCAUGUUUGAUGAAUCAGGGAAAAAAGUAAAACACGAAGCAUUAGAUAGAAUUAAGAGAGCAAAAUACUUUUCUAUACUUUUUGAUUGUACGCCCGACGUAUCUCAUAAAGAACAGUUAACAGAAAUAAUUCGAUACGUACGUAUUAUUGAUAAAGAAGUUACAAUUGAAGAGACUUUUAUUGACUUUAUAGCUACACAGGAAAAAAAGGGUAUUGGGUUAGCUGGUUUCGAUAAUGGUUCUAAUAAGGCUGGCAUUUAUAAUGGUGUGCAAGCUCAUAUUUUACAAAAAAAUAGAUUGGCCGUGUUCGUUCUGUGUGCUGCACAUAGUCUGAAUUUGGUUGGCGUACACGCAGCAGAUACAUCUCCAACCAUCACUACAUUUUUUGGAAUAGUCCAAAAAAUAUAUACUUAUUUUUUUGGAUCUACAUCAAGAUGGGAAAAGUUAAAGAGUGUAAUAAAUGUUACCUUAAAAUCGCACUGUGAUACACGUUGGUCAACAAAAAAACAAGCAGUUUCAGCUCUUAAAAAUAAUAUAGAAAGCAUUUUUAUAUUAUUAAAAACUCUAAGCGCUGAUAUAACUCUUAACCACGAUACGAGAGAUGGUACUAAAAAUUUAAUUAGUCAAAUUAAUUUAAAAUUUAUAUGCUUGAUAAAUUUUUGGAAUGACGUUUUGAGUCAAAUUGAUCAUGUCAAUAUUUUAUUACAAUCAAAGAAUCAAACAAUAGAUGUUGCAUGCAGUCUUAUAAAUGGACUAAUUCGAUCAAUUGAAGAAAUCAGAAAAAAUGGAUUUAAUAAUUCAUUAGAUGAAGCAAAACGUACGGCAAAAUGCCUAAAUAUUUCAUCAGAAUUUAAAGAUAAGCGAAAACGUAAGAUUCCAAGGAAGGACACAUGUGGGGCCGACGAUGAAGGAACAGUAUCAGAUGAUAAUAGCUUAAGAAUCGAGUGUUUUCAAUCAUUAGACUCAAUUUUAACAAGUUUAAGGUGGAGAUUUGAAAAAAUGUCAGAAAUUAAAUCAGAAUUCCAAUUUUUAACUGGAAAUUGUUUAAAGAUUAUGCCAUCCGAUGAAAUUAAAAUGAUUUGGCGCUUAAAAAUUGAAAAAUUUAAAUUUCAAGCAUCUAAAUUAAUGUGUUCAUUUCAGUCUGCCACACAACUAGAUUUACUAAAAUGUAUACAUCACUAUACACUUCAAGAUUUCUAUCCUAAUCUUGAAAUGGCAUUAAGAAUAUUUUUAACUAUUCCAGUCACCACAGCCACGUGUGAAAGAAGCUUCACUCAAGAAAUUGAGGAGGAUAGUGAAUCAGACAGUCUCAUUGACCAGUUUGAGAACGAUAUGAUAUCUGAAAGGAAUCCAACAGAGGUACGUGACUUAAACAAAUACAUUAAACUACCAUAA